UGUAGCUUCCUGUAUUCUUUAAUCCUGAGAGAUAUGGACAUAUUCUUGAAUGGGCAGAUGAAGGCUAUUAAAAUUUUAAUGUGUUUCUUCCAUAUUAUCUAAGGAGAUAUUGAUGAUAUUUAUAUAAGAAGACGCCACACACAAGUGUGUAAUAUUAUUGUAGCGAUUAACGGUGGUUCGGCGACUUAUUUCAGGCACGCUGUAAACAGGUGCGACGCACGAUAAUUUUGAUGUCGGCUUAUGGACAAUUACGUAUUCCUGGGCUUAGCAUCUCACCAGCUGGGAUUGGUAUAAUCACUGUGAAAAUGUAUGAAGGGAGCGGACGGAGAGGAGAACGGAUACGAGGGAGAGAGAGAGAGAGAACGCGCGCGAGAGGAUGAGGAAGAGAGAAAGAGAGCGAUGCCAGCUAUUUUGCCCCCACCUAGAAGGGGUUUACAGGCCACGUGAUCGAGCAGCAGAAUUCGCGGCGUCCGCCGAAAAUCUAAAUCUGUCCGAGCCGGGGAAGAAGAAGACACCACCAUCUCGGCCUGCGCGACACGGAGCAGCCACCGCGAGAUAGUUCAUAAUCGCCCGUGGCUCGCGGCGGAUCGAUCGAGGGAUCGCGCGCGAGUCCGCGAAAUCCGCGCGAGGCCUCCUCGCUCUCCAGCUUCGCGAGCGAAAAACAGGGUACAGAGGGAGGAAAGAGAAAUUGCGACGGAAAAUACCACCGUUUCCGUUCUCUUUCCCCGUGAAGACGAGAGAUUCGUCGUGAAAUCACUCGAGGAACAUGAUCCGCGUGGACGAGUCGGAUCCGGUGGGAGAGAUCGAGCCCAGCUUCCCCUAUAGAGACGUGACGAUACGCCGAGGUGUCGAGUUCAAGGACGAUUAUGACAUCCAGUCGGAGCUCGGACGGGGAAAAUUUGGAAUUGUUUAUCGAUGUAAGGACAAAACGAGCGGCUUGAUGCUCGCCGCAAAAGUGGUGAACGCCACGAAGAAGGAGGACAAACGCGCCGUGCAGAGAGAAGUGGACAUCAUGCGACGCUUGCAGCAUCCGCGAUUGAUACAGCUGUACGACGCCAUUGACGCGGGAAAGCAGAUAUAUGUCGUUCUAGAAUUGAUUGACGGCGGCGAGCUCUUUGAGAGAGUGAUAGACGACGAUUUCGUACUGACGGAACGCAGCUGCGCCGUUUUCAUGCGGCAGAUAUGCGAGGGACUAGAAUUCAUGCAUGGCCAAAAGGUCUUGCAUCUCGACUUGAAACCAGAGAAUAUACUAUGCCUGACGAAAGAAGGUAAUAGAAUCAAAAUCAUCGAUUUCGGCCUGGCGCGAGAAUACGAUCCGAGCAAGAAACUGCAAGUAUUGUUCGGUACGCCCGAGUUCGUUGCCCCGGAAGUCGUAAAUUUUGAUCAAAUUGGAUUCGGUACUGACAUAUGGAGUAUUGGUGUUAUUUGUUACGUACUAUUGUCCGGCUUAUCACCGUUCAUGGGCGACACGGAUAUAGAGACAAUGGCGAAUGUCACUAUCGCAAAGUACGACUUUGAUCACGAGGCCUUCGCCGAGAUCUCGGAAGAUGCGAAAGAUUUUAUAAGAUGCCUUCUGGUGAAAGACAAGGAAAAGCGAAUGACUGCGGCGCAAUGCCGGGAGCACCGAUGGCUGGCCCGAAAAAUGAACAAGCCCAAGAGCGAGAAGGAGGUCGCGGGAUUGGCGGCGGCCAAACGGACGGCCUUUAUCGAGAAUCGCCCUGUCUUCGGUGUCGUCGACUACAACGGCAGAGAGGAGCUGGACGUGACCAAGGACAAUCUCAGACUGUUCGUCGAGCGCUGGCGGGAGCAUCCGGACAGCCCAUACACGAUCGAUUCGUAUCACGCGUUGCCGAGGAACCCGCUUCGCAAUCGCGACGAAUCCGUAUCCCUGCGGGGCCACAGUCCCUCGCCCUGCGACAGCCUUCGCAGCAGCAGCACGCAAUCGGAGAGGAUGACGGACUCCGCCGCGAGGGACAAUCCUAGCCACCUGUUGUCCGUGCCGAGUCUCAGCUUGUCCUUGGAAAGGAGAGCUUCCGAGGGUACGGCUGCGCGAAACCGUCGCGAUCCCGCCAGCCAGAUCGCCUUGGCCGAGGAGAUAAUCAAGCUGUCCGAGCACUUGCGCUCGAUCGCUAUGGGCUCGCGGACGAAUGAGGGAAGUAACGGGGGCGCAACGGAAACGCAGCGGUUCACCAAGAGGCCUGGCGAGGUCGGCAAUAAACGUGAUAUCUACUCGAAAAGCAAUAUCAAGGUGGCCGCGUCUCACGUCGAUAAAGAAACCAACGAGAUCACGGAGAAGCUGUCCAGUAUCACUCGGCAGCGAAAGCUCAACGGAACGACCUUUCACAGUAGCCGCAGUUUCGAUAGAUACAAUCUCGACACGAAUUUCGGUAACGUGUUGGUGGCCCUGAGGAGAACGAGCAUCGGUGACGGCAACACGUCCGAGAGACGCAGGGAUUCUCGGAAAUAUCCCUUCGAACGAACGGCGAUCACCGAGACAAUCGAGGAGAAGUUUAACGGGGAGAGGAUCGGCAGGAGAACUUCCGCCGCCGCGGAGGAUAUGGACCUGACACCCCCGUGGCGACGGUCGCGCGUGAAACGAUCCUUCGGCGAGACCAGCAGGGAUGUUCCACGGAUAUCGAACCUGCGGGACUUGCACAAGAAUCUGAAUCUGGACGAGCCGGGCAGCGCCAAGGACUUGCUGUUGCAUCUGCUGGGCGAGUGGGAGGAGGUCACCACGACGCCCUGCGGCGUCGGAGGCAGCGGUGUCGGCGCGGGCAGAAAGUCCGUUAGCCUGGAUUGGUGCACGGCCGACACGAUUGCUAGGAAGACGAUGAACUCGUUGGCGGAGUACUUCCAGUCGAAGCAACAGAAAAAGUCUCCCAACGUCGCAUCAUCCACGUCGAUAUAUCGUUGAAUGACACGUCCGCGCUUGCGAAUGCUUCGUGGUCGCGAACGGAUGAGGAACAUGCAUAGUUAACGAUCCCCCUCUUUUCUUCCGGUCGUGAACUUUAUUUCGGAGAGCGGUUUGGUUCUCAAGAUGAGAUACGCGCCUAGGGUAAUAAUAUGCUUGGUAGGUGAAUCACAAAGAUUGAUCUACGAUCGAAAAUGUGAAUCUUUGAUUUUUACAGUCGGGAAAUGAUUUUAUUAUUCAGCCCCUUUCAAUCCACCUUAAUUUAUUUAUUUCUUAGGAAUAUUGUUACGAAGGAUAAACAAGUGCACACACAUUCUUAUCUCUUAUUUAAAUAAUUAAAUUUUUAAGGAAAGAUUAGGAGAGAAUUUUUUUAAUAAAUUAAGGAGAUAAAUAAUAAAAAAGUUAAGUUUUAGUUGUCUUAAUGUCUGCACCGAACAUCUUAGUUUGAUGACCGAGUACCGGAUUCACGUCCGUUUUUGCAGAUUUGUUUUUAUAAUCGGAAAUAAGACGGAGAUCUUGUAAUUUCGUGACAUUUCACAAAAUAAUAUGUGCAUACGUAAAACGUCACGAAAGUGCAAGACUUUAGAGUUUUCUGUUAUUAAAUUUGAAACAGACACAAGCUGAUGGAUAUUUGUAUACGGAAAGUUAGAUUUGAAUAAUAGAAUGGCUUUACGUAAACGAAGAUUCUGCAAGCGACAAAAAGCUUACACGUUGCUAAUAAAGUCCACGGUUACGUACCUUUUAUCUGUACUCUAACAAUAAGCAAAAUUCUCGAUAGCUGUGUACCAUCGGUUCACCCUCAAAUCAAUAUUUUUAAAUGCGUCAAUCAACAUUAAUCUUUACCAAGACGCCUACAGUUUUGAUUCGAUUUGAUUGCUUGCAAACUAAUGAAUCUAUCGUGAUACCUUGAACGAAAAGGACGACAUAAUUUGUCGGUCCGACUUUAAAUAUUCUUUCCCUGCAAGCAAUAAUUUUCAAGCGUUCCAGAAGGAAGCUUCUAUAUUUUUAAUACACUGUUAUUUAUUAAUAGCAUUAUUCAAAUGUAUUUUCAUGUUUUGUAACAAUAUCAAUUACGAGAAACGUGAUAGCUUAAGAUUUUUUACUCAGUAUGUUGCACGAACUUUGCAAGGGAGCUGAAUGAAAUAACGUAUACAUUCACGUAUGUUUCUUGUUGAAUAGUCACUGUUCAUAUUUUAUAUCUAAUAUAAAUCACAGCACUCUA